AGCUCCUUCUUCCUCGAUUUCUUUGCUACGCGAGUCUGACUUGGAGGAAAGUGAACGUCGCCCAGAAAGGAAACUAAAAACAAAACAGGAGGCGGGAGCAGAAACCAACAACUAACCCCCAAAAGCUGCCUCAGGAGCAGUGAAGUGUCUUCAUGGCAGUUCGUCGAGGACACAUUAAGUACUUGAAACAGGCCGACCUACAGGAGGUGUAUGACAUGUCGAAUGGUUAUGAAGACCUCAUGGGAGGGGACGAGGACAAGGACUCCAAGACCAACCUGAUCGUGAACUACCUGCCUCAGAGCAUGACGCAGGACGAGCUGCGGAGCCUCUUCAGCAGCAUCGGCGAGGUGGAGUCCGCCAAGCUGAUCCGAGACAAAGUCGCAGGCCACAGUUUAGGGUACGGAUUUGUUAACUAUCUUAACCCUAGUGAUGCAGACAGAGCUAUCAGUACACUGAAUGGACUAAGGCUACAGUCCAAAACUAUCAAGGUUUCAUAUGCACGGCCCAGCUCUGAUACAAUAAAGGAUGCCAACCUGUAUAUCAGCGGCCUGCCAAAGGCCAUGACCCAGAAGGACGUGGAGGACAUGUUUUCACAUUUUGGACACAUCAUUAACUCCCGUGUCCUUGUUGACCAGGCCACCGGAAUAACCGGCUCGUCCCGCGGUGUGGCUUUCAUCAGGUUUGACAAGCGGGCCGAGGCAGAGGAGGCCGUCAAAAACCUGAACGGCCAAAAGCCUCCCGGAGCCGCCGAGCCAAUCACCGUGAAAUUUGCUGCCAACCCAAACCAGACGAAGAACACGCAGCUCAUCUCUCAGCUCUACCACAACCAGUCCCGGCGCUUCGGGGGGCCCGUGCACCACCAGGCACAGCGGUUCAGGUUCUCCCCCAUGGCUGUUGAUCACAUGAGUAGUGCGAGCAGUACCAGCACUCCCGGGAACUCCAGCUCCGGCUGGUGCAUCUUCGUCUACAACCUGGGCCAGGACGCCGACGAGAGCAUCCUUUGGCAGAUGUUCGGCCCCUUCGGCGCCGUCACCAACGUCAAGGUGAUCCGCGACUUCAACACCAACAAGUGCAAGGGCUUUGGCUUCGUUACCAUGACGAACUACGAGGAGGCGGCCAUGGCCAUCGCCAGCCUGAACGGCUACCGGCUCGGAGACAAGAUGCUGCAAGUGUCCUUUAAGACCAGCAAGGGCCACAAGUAGAGAGAGAGAGACGGACAAUCGGGUGUAGAGGAGAGGCGGGAGUGACCUGCGCCAGGCUUUUAUAGCAGAGAGCAGAAGUAUUGGGUUUAAAAAAAAUAAUCUAGCACAUGUGUUUGGGUUUUUAGUGUGUUAAGAGUUAAACGACAUUUACACUCUUCUGCAUCUUUUGUUUUCUUGUUGUUUUUCUUCAUCUUUAUACUCAUGCUUGAGGACACUGUAGUUUUUAAAAAAAAUUAGUGAGGGGAUGGAGAGGGUAAAAUCCUGUGAUGCCCCCCCCUCCCCCCCAAGAUGACUAAAAUACGUAUGUGUUGCAUGUUUAACAGAGGAGACUUGAAGAAAGAGGCACGCAAAAUGGUUCUGGGCGGCGCACUAAACACGCGGCGCACGAGGAAAAGCUCCAAAUUGUUUCUCCGACUGACAUUUCAGUGGAUGAUUUGGUUUAAAGACGGUGAGGACCAAUAUUUUGGUAAUUUUGUUUUGGAGAAAGAAGUGCUCUGUCCUCGAUCCUCCUCCAUAAGUAGAACUAGAUGCAUUAAAUUAUCACCCAGUGGAUAUACGGACCUACAGUACCGCUCACCGUCUCGAGUUCAUUUAAGAGUAAAGCACUUUUGACCAGUCUGCUUUCGGUUAUUAUGAAUAUCAGUCUUUUUGAUGUUAAUCUUUGACUUUUGCUCACGCUCCUACCAGGUUAACCAUUUUUUUUAGCAUGACGAGCUUUGGAGGUUUUUGUUUUAUUAUCCCCGUGUAAAGUGUCUUUUUUUAAUUAUAAGUUGUAUUUCCGGAGAGUCCUGUUGAAUAUGAACCCCGGUCAAUGAGUAGGGAAUUGAGAUGGACCAAAGGCGGGGAUCCUAUUAUCGCAGAUUUAAGGUACAUUUCUACCUGUUUUUUAAGAGGUACGAAGCUUAUAUCUGAAACUGACUGAGAGCAAUGUCCCUUAACCUCAGUAUGUCUUUCUGUUUUGUUUUUUCUUUUAUUUAGAGUUAAUUUGUUUUCUUUUUCGUUUGGCUAUUGAUUCUUAUUCGUUACAAACGAGUGCUUAUCUCAAGUUUGAAGACUAAUCAAUCGAUGGCCUUCUGUUAAAGUUUUUUGAUUUGCUUUCUUUUCUUCCUUUCUUUUUGUUUUGGUUGUUUCACUUUGAGCAUAAACCAUUAAAUUUUAUUUCUUUUUGCCUAAAGUUUUGUUUGGUUUGUUUCUUUUAUCUUUUUUUUAGAUUUGGUUUGUUCUAUUAUUUUUCUAGCAGCAAAUGUGCCGUGUUCAGAGGCCCCGUACACAAUGGUCUGUUUCCAUAGGAGACUUUUAAAUGUCAGGAAACUAUAAGGACCAAUGUUGGUUGAAGAUUAUUUAACCUGUGCACAGACACGUGAAGGAAAGCGAUUUGUCCUGAUGACAUUUCAUGAAGCAACAUUUCUAAGAUUGCCAGAUACAUUUGAACCGCUGAAGCGUUGCAUAGCCAGUUGAAGCUGUAUGUCGAUACCUUUUUUUCCUAGUCUUUUAGUCUUUUCAGCUGUUGUGAGUAGACGCCUGGCUCAGUACAUCUGUUUUGAUACCCGGCUGUUUGGGAGGGCAUUUUAUACUACGAUUUAAAUUUGAUUUGUAGCUCGAGUGCAGUAUUCUAGAGCGAUAUCUCAACACGACAAAUAAGAAUAUACUUGAGGCUUUUAGACCCAACCCUGUUGAUCUGGUCUUUGUCUUUUAACCAGUGAGGCUUUGUUUACCUGCUCAGCGAAACACUUUUUAUAUGAUUCAUUUAGAUAAGAUCUUUGGCAUAUCACAGCUCCUCUUUGAAUGCUGCUGAAUUUGGUCGAUGGUCUCGUUCUCCAAGGUGGACGACGGGUGGCGCCGGUUCCAUCGGUACCGUCAUUGUUCUUAAAUUUAACAUCGCCACACAUUUUACAGGGAAACCACUUGAUAUAAUAUAAAAUCGUGUUUGGUCACAGUAACUUUUCUCAUUUAAAAAACAAACAAAAUCCCCCCGAUUCUUCGUUAAAAGCCUAAUUUGGUUGCCCCCUCCACUCCCUUUUUUAAAGAAUUAUUCCCAUUCCAAGAAUCGGAUUAAUUUUGAUCUUAAAAGUGCUUUUUGAUUUAGUAAUUCCAUGUUAUUUUUGUGUCGCAAUCUUUUAACUUUGUGCAAUAUUUUAAGGCUUGCUUAAAGCAGGUAAUAUUUGUUGUUGUUUUUGUCCUAGACUUAUUUUUAGCAUUUCUAUUUUCUACUGACGUUUUAUGUUACUGCUUAGUUCUUUCAGCAGUACAGUUGCAAUUGCAUGAAAGAUGCAAGUGAAUUUGUUUUGGGGGUAGUCAGAUUUAACUGCAUUCUGCCUUAAUUUAUAAGUGGGACGGUGUAUUCUACAUCAGAGGAGGCGUAAAUAUUUAUUCAACAAUGUAUGCGGUCAUACUUGUUACUUGGAGUGUUUUUAAUUGUUCUUUUUGUUUUUCUUGGUUUUGAAGGACACUACGUUGAAGUCCCUUAAAUGUCUAACAUUGGAUCAUUUCAAUAAAACACGUUGGCUUUUCAGAAUUUAAAGAAUUAAAUGUCUUAAGAAGCAUA